GUUCCGAUUCCCUUUAAGGGUGGAACGCUUGGAACGAAACCGAGGCCACGCACGGGGUCAGGCGCGGUCAUUCGACUCGGUGAGCGCUUGAUGACCCGGAAGAGACUCUUCCUCCCGGAAGUCCGCCGUUCCCUGUCAGCGGGGACUGAGGGGAUGGCUGUCGAGCUUCGACCGGAGCAGCUCCAGCCUUUCCGCCCGGGCUGCUGACUAAGAAAGGGACCACCGCCCGCCCGCCCACCGAGUCAGCCAGGGGAGAAGCCGCAGCCGAGCAUGGCGGAGUUGGUGGCUGGGGAGGGGCCGCCGCGAGGCCGUACGCCCAGCCCGCUCCCGAUCUCGGGGCCGCCGAGCCCUCGCCCAGCUGCGGCUCCCGCCUGCCCCGCGCGCAGCCCGGAGCCUCCGCCGCCCGAAAAAGCCGCGGCGGGGAGCGGCAGCGGCGGUUCCAAGUGGGUCCGGCUCAACGUGGGCGGCACUUACUUCGUGAGCACCCGCCAGACCCUCUGCCGCGAGCCCAAGUCGUUCCUCUGCCGCCUCUGCUGCCAAGAGGGGCCCGAACUGGGCUCGGACAAGGAUGAAACAGGGGCAUAUCUCAUUGAUAGGGAUCCCACAUAUUUUGGUCCAAUCCUGAACUACCUCCGGCAUGGAAAACUCAUAAUAAACAAGGAAUUGGCAGAAGAAGGUGUCCUGGAAGAAGCUGAAUUUUACAACAUUGCAUCUCUAGUGAGGCUGGUGAAAGAGCGAAUACGAGACAAUGAAAGCAGAACUUCUCAAGGACCUGUCAAGCAUGUUUACCGAGUUCUGCAGUGCCAAGAAGAAGAACUGACCCAGAUGGUGUCUACUAUGUCUGAUGGAUGGAAAUUUGAACAGUUAAUUAGUAUUGGAUCUUCAUACAACUAUGGGAAUGAAGAUCAGGCAGAAUUUCUCUGUGUUGUAUCAAGAGAGCUGAAUAAUUCGACCAAUGGCAUUGUCAUAGAGCCUAGUGAGAAAGCAAAGAUUCUUCAGGAGCGAGGAUCACGGAUGUAAUCCAAGCAUUUAACUUUAAAACUCCCAGAUGUUAAAAAGGGCAACUUAGCUGGGCAGAGAAUUUCUCCUGCAGUCCAACCUUGCUUUUGUACAGUAAUAAAACUAACACAAAGCAAAGCUGAGCCUGUCCUGCCAGUGGAGAAUUAAAUCCUGGUAAAAACCAAAGGCUCAUCCCACCCCCGCCACAGAAAGCUAUAAGAGAAAAGAAGAGAAUCUUCCAGCUGGAGAGCACCUAGUUACAGUCCUUCAGGUCCAGGGAGAAUAGAUUUGAAAAUGAAUAAUUAAAUAUUCUUCCUUCAUUUUCACUCACCAAGCUUUUUUUUUUUUUAAUAUGUUACUCAUUCAGAACUGUUAAAUAAGAAAGUUGAGUGAGGGAUGUGGUAUUAGCUGACGGGUUUUUCUUCCAAUAACACUACAAAUCUAACUGUAGGCAUUUCUUGCAGUACAGUUUGGUCAGCGCCCUUCAUGCUUUUAAAAGGUGUCCAAUUACCUGUGAUAUUUAGAUUCUGUUGUAUUGUUUCCUGUCCUCUGUGAAAAGAAAAGGAAAAGAAGGAAGCUUAUGCCCCAUUUCUCCCACCAAAUCUAGAAUGUGUCCUUUGGGUUAUUUCAAAACAGUACUUCGAUAUGGAAGAUUUGUUCCUGCCAAGUUCAGCUUUGCCUUGUCUUCAAUAGCAUGAAACUAUUCCCUUGUUCUCUUGAUGUCCUGCAUUAAAGCAGGUUUUCAUUUGUACUCUAAUUACUUUGGUAGGCAUUAUCAACUCUUACCCAAUACGUCCAGGGAUAGAGAGCCUUUUAUUUACACAUUAUGACUCUGUGCUUGAAAUUUCUCACCCCUCCUUGUGUCCUCUCACCCAAAAUGACUAAAGGGCAUUGCACAGGUUGGGGUGGGGGUGGGGAAGGGAGGUGUAAAAUGAUGACAGUUGCCAAACUAUUGUGAUGUUUCUUGUCCAAAGUGAUUUGUGAACUUCUGUAUUUUUUUUUCUGUUGGAAUGCCUUGAAUGGAAGUAACAAUGUUGUGCCUCUCUGAGUUCUAAUCUUAGACAAAUGGGACUUGCUGAUUUUGUCAAAUUAUUUUGUGCCAUCCCUAAUCAGUGAAAUGUCCCUUCUAGUUGUUGGUAAAUGGAAUUCCAGAAGUAUUUUCUCUACAUUCUGGCUUUGUUUCUUGUUAGUCAUCUUUAGCUUCUGGGCCUUUGAAUUAAGCUCUGAGCAUAAUGAACCAAAGUAUCAAAAGAAACUGCAGUGCUUUGGUUUUCCCUAGGCAAUAAUUGAAACUUCCACAUUAGUCAGUGAUCGGAAUAGGAUCCCUUAUAUUCCAAUUGGUUUGCUUGGAAUUUCUCAGUAAGGAGUUGCACUCAGUGUCUUUUUCAUGUUUUAUGGUGUGUGGUAAUGAGGCUUCCCCUUUUAUUUCUUCCUAGUUACAAAAGGAGUGGGAACAAAGAGGAUAGUGAAUGGUUACUGAAAGCAUGGAAAAUAUAAUGCAGAUGAAGCAAAAAUGUUUUAAAAUGAAAUUUAUCAGGGUACCAAAUUAUCCUGCUCCACAUUCUCCAUUAAUCUUCAGUAUUUGUGUACAUAUAUCACUGAGCUUCCCCACCAUUUUGCCAACAUACCUCCAAUAAUAUUUUGAUGGGUUAGAUGCAUUAUUCAGUCCCUGUAGCAACAGACUGUACCAAAGGUCUUGAGGUCAGCUUCUGGCUGCUAAACUCAACCAGCUUCAUACUCUGUGGAAUUCAAUCAACUUUCUUGUCCUUCAACUUUCCCGUCUAUAAUACAUGGGUAUUGGCAUGGUCAGACAGUGUAUGUCAUGGCUGGAUUUAACUAACACUGUGAUGUGUACAUAAAUCUAUGAGUAUCUUGUUCUUUCAGCCGUUGUCAGUGUAUGUCCACAGCUGAGAAAUAAGCAGAUGUGUUUGUGUGUGUAUUGUGAGGAAGUAUAAGAACCACAGAAGUAUCCUCAUAAUCUCUCCUUCCAGGGAAGGGAGAUUAUGGUGUCAUGAACUAGUUGAAAGAAAAAAAUCAGAGGAUGCUGCAAAGAAUAGCUGCCAUUUCCAACUUGGUCUAACCCAACUGAUUCCCCACCUUGCUGGGCACGUAGCAGUGUUAGGUUUGCUUGGAAGCAGAUCUUUACUGUGUAGCUUUAGUAAACUAAAAGAAAUACCUCAUUGAUUUAUGUUAUGAUCACCAGAAACACCACGCACCGGGAAGCUACAUUAGAAGAGUGCCUGAAGUCAAGAUAAUGAACUGGUAAAAGUAAUCUCGUUUUGUUGUACAUGUAGUGCCAUUGAAAACAGCUCCAUUUAAAUCUGGAAUAAAAUCAGAUUUGAGAUGAGGCUGCUCUGUUAACAGCAGGAUUUGAGCUAAAUGCAGAGAAAAACUGUGUUUCUGCUGAAUAAAUAGGGCCACCCUCUUGUUCCCUUGCUGCUGACAAGUUGUGAGAGGUUUUCAGCAAAUCUAAUUUUUUUGUUGGAACAUGAAUACCUUCUCUUUUCUUUUCCUUGUUAAAUAUUUCUAGUUAUGGUUUGGGGGAACCCUCCCUGAAAUGUUGAGCAGUUUAGUUGGAGACAGAAACAGUAUUAGGGAUUGGGAAAGCUCUCGGCUUUCUUAAUAUAAGGGCUUGAAUUCCAGCUACAGCAAGACACUAUUCUAGCUCACCCACCUGGGAUGUUCUUUUCUCAAGAUGAGAGGCCACCUUCGGACCCUGUUAAAUUCAAGAACUGGCUUUCAUGUUUUCCACUAGUUGUAAUUUUGCCUUCUUUAGCGACAGGGCUCUUCCUUGCAUUUGCCUUUAUGUGGUUGAGACUGAAGUUGGAACAUGAAUACAGAUACUGUUUCCCCAUGAAAGGCAACAAAUGGCAAAGGAAGCCAGUGGUGGGAUGGCUUUUCAUCUGAGCGAUGUGCAUCUCUUGAGGUUUUUUUAAACCAUUAGCUAGCCCCUGGGGACCAGUACCUGGUUCAGAAACCCAGCGGCCCAAUUGUUCCGUUACAGCAAGGUUGGAGCUAAUCUUCUCUUAAAAGUGUCUUUGUUUCUGCACAUUUUUAAUCAAUUUUUCUCAGGGGUGACUGAAUGGUCCGAGGGGGAGGGGGUUAUCCACGAAGGGGUGGGGGUGGCUCCUCGGACCUUCACAGCUGGGCCGUGGGCUCCUCCCCCUCAGGUUUUGCUUGCAAGCCUAGAGGUUUUGUACAGUUUGUCACAUGUCGGUGCCCUUUGCUACUGUUUCUCUUGGUUUAUUAAAUGUGUUUGAAUAAUAAUGGAGAUGCUGUGAUUUCUUUUUCCAAUAAAGAUUCUGACAUGA